UAUAUAUAUAUAUAUGUCGGAAUGGAACACACUUGAUCAACUUGAAGAACACAAAGACUAGUGAAGGAAUUAGCCCCGUAGUGAAUAAUGGGUCACAAGUGAAGAAGGAACAGUAAACACGUAAACAUGAUAAUCAAAAACAUUUUUAUAUUCAUUCUCUCUCUCACGCAUCUCCUGCAUGUUGGUGGAGCAAGGUUGAAGUGCGGGAGAAGAAGUUUAGAAAACGGAUCUGGGAUUAAGAUCGGAUCAAUGAUGGUAUUUUCCUGUAAUUCUGGUUUCAAGCUUCACGGGUCCACGUUAGGAAAGUGUGUGGGCGGAGUACUGAUUUCAGAUCUCCCGGUUUGCAGAGAGACCAAACCAGAAAAACAAUCCAAACACUUAAAUAAAUCUUUACAUCACGGGAAGGGACACGUAAACAGGAAUAAAUGGAAAAGUAACAAGGAGGAGAAACAAAUUUAUCUGGAAAACUCAUUGGAACUGCAAGCAAAGAAUAUGAUACACACCAGGGUAACACAAUCUCAUCAGGGAAAGAUGAAGGACGGAGAAAAGAUGAAAAAACAAAAUGGCGGAAAGAAAAAGAGAAGAUUAAAGAAAGGAGAUGGGAAGAGAAAAAUAAAGGAUUUGAUGCUGGCAGAUCAGCCACCUGGCUUAGUGAGAGAGUACAAAGAAGGUGUAGUGGGACAAAAUUAA